CAUCAACCACAACUUGCAUUCAAAGAGUUAUAUGCACAUCUCUUCCGCUUUCCAAUCUAAUGAUGAACACAAAGAAGCUCUUGAAGAUGGCCAAGAAAUGGCAACAGAGAGCUGCCUUAAGCAGGAAAAGAAUCUCAUUACAGAGAUCAGUAGCUACGACUAGCAGCUCAACCCCUGCAGAGAAAGGCUGUUUUGUGGUUUACACAUCCGAUAAAAUCCGCUUUGCGUUUCCAAUAAGCUAUCUGAGCAACUCUGUUUUCCAAGAGGUCUUGAAGAUAUCUGAAGAAGAGUUUGGCCUCUCCAGCAAUGGACCAAUCACAUUGCCAUUUGAUUCGGUUUUCUUGGAGUAUCUCGUCAAAUUGAUCCAACGACGAAUGGACGGAGAUACAGAAAAGGCUCUGCUUAUGUCAAUCUCUAGUGCUAGAUGUUCUAAACCAUACUCUUUUCAACAACAGGAAAAGAUGCUUGUAUUUUAGAGAAUUAGAGUUUAGCAAGUGUAGCAAUUUCUGUGUUUGUAAAGAUUCUUAUGUAUAUUAGAUCAGACAGAUAAUUUUAGAAAUACAAACCAUUAUUUUUGUCUCUCUAUUAGACUGUCUGUCUCAUCAAAAUCUACUUUCAUUGUAAACAAAGAAGAAUGAGAUAACUUCAACAUCACUUGUUGUGACAGUUUACUCAAACUGUUUUGCUUUAAAUCUUUCUGUCAUAAAAAGUGGUGCAGUGGUUAACAAAUUUCAUUCAAAGUA